AUGAUGCCCAGGCUACGAGGGGGCGAGGCGCAGGGAUCGGCAUCCCUGGCGCGGAGCAGUGUGCAGGAAUGCAGCCUGGCAAGGGCAGCCCAGCGGCGCCGGCAGGGUCCUGGCUUUGCAUCCAGCCGGACGCCGCCGCUGCGACGGAUUUCCCCUCCCCCGGCGCUCAAGCACUUGUCUCUGCUCUGCAGACCGGGAGUCCGAAGCACUGAGGAUAAGUGGCUUGUCCAAGGUUUGCACAUCUCCAUCGCCUUCGCCUUGGAGGUGUCUGUGGGCAAGACCAACACUGUGACGGCCCUGAAUGGCUCCAACGUUCUGCUACCCUGCGUCUUCACCACCUGCAUAGGCUUCCAGGACCUGGUCUUCACAUGGUAUUUCAACUCGACAGAGAUGAUUUACCACGGCAAGAUAAAGAGCAAGAUGUCGGAGCCCUUCCUCGUGGGGCGCAACCCCCGCGUCGAGUUCGUGGGCUCCACAACCGGCAAGGAGAACAACAUCUCCAUCCUGCUGAACGAGGUGGACUUCAGCGACGCCGGGAAGUACACGUGCCACGUCAAGAACCCCAAGGAGAAGAACGCGCAGCACAGUGCCUCCAUCUUCCUCACCGUGGUCCACAAGAUGGUGGAGACCGACAACACGGUGACGCUCAUCAUCGUGGGCGUCGUGGGCGGGCUCAUCGGCCUGCUCAUCCUCUUCAUGCUGGUCAAGAAGGUUGUCCUCUUCAUCAUCAAGAAGACACAGGACAGGAAGAAGGAGUGCCUUGUCAGCUCCUCGGGGAACGACAACACCGAGAACGGCCUGGCCGGCUCCAAGGCGGACCAGAAAGUGGCCCCCAAGGCAUGAAGGCCCGUGGCCCCCGGCUCCCCUUUUGCUUUCCUCCCAAACUACUGGCGCUUGAGACAUGUUUCUAUUACCCACGUGCCUGCAACCCGCACUGCUUCUCGGAGCCGACGUCAGUUCCCGUGGGACCCGGGCACUGCCGCUGGAGAUGGCCCCGGUGCCCGCGGGCGGCUGCC